AUGCAUGCAGCGAGGGGCGUGGAAGCCAAGCAGCCCAACUCUGCCAUCAGGAAAUGUGUCAGGGUCCAGCUCAUUAAGAACGGCAAAAAAAUCACAGCUUUUGUCCCCAACGAUGGGUGCCUGAACUUCAUCGAGGAGAACGACGAGGUGCUGGUGGCCGGGUUCGGGCGCAAGGGCCACGCCGUGGGCGACAUCCCGGGCGUGCGCUUCAAGGUGGUCAAGGUGGCCAACGUGUCCCUGCUGGCCCUCUACAAGGGCAAGAAGGAGAGACCCAGGUCGUAAAUCCUCACCGGUCUGACAACACCACCAAUAAAAUCUUUGGUUGUAAAGGA